AUGAAUUUUAAUCACCAAGCUAAGCGCAUCUAUAUACACAACUCCAUCUAUGAAUUCGUCCGAGACGCUCUGGUUGCAUAUGCUCGUGCCGUCGUGGUUGGCGACGGUGCUCAAGAAAGUACGCAAAUAGGGCCAGUUCAAAACUAUGAGCUCUUCAAGAAGUUGAGGGACAUUUUUGAAGACACCAAAGCUAGGAAGUGCAAAUUUGCCCUAGGUGGCGAAUUCCCAACAGCUACUUCGGACCGAACCUGUGGGCUAUUUGUUCCAAUAACCAUCGUUGAUAAUCCUCCAGAGGACUCUCGAGUCGUACAAGAUGAACAAUUCGGACCAAUUGUUCCCUUGCUUAGGUGGGAAGAUGAAGCAGACGUUGUGCGUCGGGCUAAUGCCACACAUUAUGGGCUUGGAGCUUCUGUAUGGGGGAACGAUCUCGUUCAAGCUACACGUAUCGCCUCGCAAAUUGAAUCAGGCAAUGUAUGGGUGAACGAGAUCCAUAAAUUUGGACCCACCAUUCCUGGAGGUGGCCACAAGCAAUCGGGGAUUGGUGUGGAGAACGGUAUUGCAGGGCUGAAGGAAUGGACUAACUACCAAACUAUUUCUAUAAAUAGAGUGGAGGUGGCUGCCAUUGAGUAA